AUGUCUUUGGGUCUUGAAUGCCAAAUAACAGUUCCCAAUGAUUCCCCAAGUUCUUUGGGGUUGUUUUUUAUUAGUGUUAAAUUUGAUGAAAUAGAUCCUAACGAUAUUAGUUCGGGAAGUGGUGGGACUUUUGUUCUUGGAACUCUUGAAGAAACUGUUAAACUUGCUAGACGUGGUGUUUCUAUAGUAAGAGCAGUUCCUUUUGUUGGUAGUGCAGCUGCAGGUUUUAUUGAACUAGCACUUCACGGUGUUGAAUUCUCGAUCGAUCGUCUAAAAGAUUUAAUGGUUGAAGCAUCAUUUAGUGGGAUACAUGCCGACAUUGGAGAUCUAAAAGAAGGACAAGCCAAACUAAAUGCCAAAGUAGAUGCUCAAGAUGACAAAAAAGAUGACAAAAAAGAUGACAAAAAAGAUGACACAAUAUAUUGGUUUAUGUGUCCCAAUUUUUUGAGAUUUACUCUACUAAGUCUGAGAGCAGGUUUGAAUAUUAAGAAGUUUGGAGGAUUUGAAUUUGGUGAAUCUAAUAAGUUUUCACAAAAUUGUGAUAACAACUUAACAGCCUCUUCAAACCUAAUGUUAUCAUAUUCUAAAUAG